CAUAGUGAGCAAAGAAGGUCACGUCAUCCAAUGAGUGUAUAGCUUUUUGUGGAAGAUCUAUAAAAGUAGGCUGCAAUAAAGUUUAAGCAAAAUUCAUUACUAAAAAUAGAACAGAAUUGAAGUCCAUAAUUUUGUUGGACAUAUUAAGCAAGUAAAAUAAAGGUGUUACUGGAACAUUAUUAAAAAAAUAAACUAAUAAAAUGAGUCUUGUAUGGACUUUGAUCGCUACAUUUCUGUAUGCAGAAAUAGUUGUCGUUUUGCUGUUAGUUUUGCCAAUUGCAAGUCCAUACAAAUGGAACCGUUUCUUCAAAUCUAAGUUUUUAGCUAUGUUAGCUCAACAAGCGCAUAUCUACUUCUUUUUGAUAAUGGGUAUUCUGGUUCUAUUCUUAUUGGAAGCAAUACGAGAAAUGCGUAAAUACUCUACACAUGACGGCGGAUCAGAAGUACAUCUGAAUGUCGAAAUGCAGCAUAGCAUGCGUCUAUUUAGAGCUCAAAGAAACUUUUACAUAUCUGGAUUUUCAAUUUUCCUUGUGCUUGUAAUCCGUCGUUUGGUGACUUUAAUUUCCACACAAGCAAACUUACUAGCACAAAGCGAAGCUUCUAUCAAGCAGGCCCAAAGUGCAUCUGCCGCCGCUCGUACUCUAAUGGAAAAAAAGAAAACUGAAAAAGCCGACGAAGCUGUUGAAGACAGCACUCUUAAAGAGCUUAAUGAAUUACGUCAACGUGUGCAAGAACUUAGCUCAGCCUUAAAUAGUGAGAAGAAAGACAAGGAAGCUUUAAAAUCGCAAGCUGAGAGUUUGAAUAAGGAAUACGACCGAAUGUCGGAGGAAUUCAGUAAAUUGCAGAAGAGAAUAACGAUUUCAGAUUCCACAGUUGGCAAAGGUGGCGUUAAAGAUGAUUAAUAUGCUGCAUUCGAAAGUUUCAAAAACUUCUAAUUAUUUUUAUACAUCAUUAUUAUCAUAUUUAGUUCACAUAUGUAAGACUUGUGAUUGAUUUUCAAUCAAUCAAUAUAUUUAAUUAAAGAAAAACACAUUGUACAUUACUUAAUAUUAAAAAAUUUUCUACGUGGUAUAAUUUUGGAGUGUUCUACAUUAACGUAUACUUAUUU